AAUAGAAUGAAUUCUUAUAUUAAAAAUGUGCAAUUAAUUGGCUCUGGCGAAUGUGAUUCAAAUAACACAAUUGGGACUUUGCAUGUUUUAGGUACUCAUUUAGUUUUCAAGUCGGAUUCUUCCAAAAAGGAGAUUUGGGUAGUUCACACACUUAUUGGCUCUGUUACUAGAACCCCUUCUACAAUUAAUGGUUCACAAUUGUCUAUUCGCUACAAACAUUUUCUGGUGCUUCUAUUUAUUAUACCCAAAGAUAAGGACUGCCAAUCCAUUUAUGAAACAUUGACACGUUGCAGUAAAUUAGGCAAUAUAAACGAACUAUUCGCCUUUUCAAUCAAAAAUGACAGAGAUGGAACAGCCCCGCCUCCUUGGAAUUAUCUAAAUUGGGACGAAGAAUUUGCCAGACAAGGAGUCAGCAAUGAAUGGAAGGAAUCCAAUUUCAAUUCAAACUAUUCUUAUUGUGAUACUUAUCCAGAAAAGUUGUGGCUUCCGGAGAAAGCAAGCACUCAAAUGUUAAUUGGCUCUUGCAGGUUUCGAAGUCGUGCUCGUUUGCCAGUCUUAACUUUUUUCUAUAAGCACAAUUCUGCUACAAUAUGCAGAUCAUCCCAACCCUUAUCCGGCUUUAGUGCAAGAUGCCUAGAAGAUGAAUGUUUAAUUGAAUUGAUAAUGUCAGCAAAUCCCUCAUCUUCCACCCUUUAUCUUAUUGACACACGUCCACGUGUAAAUGCGAUGGUCAAUAAAGUCCAGGGAAAAGGUUUUGAAGAUUCCAAAAAUUACACAAAUAUUCAAUUCCAUUUUUUUGACAUUGAAAAUAUUCAUGUUGUCAGAUCCAGUUUAAAUAGGCUUUUGGAAGCUUGUCAACGGCCACAAUCAAUUACUCAAUAUUUAAAAGCUGUGGAUGCUUCUGGUUGGCUAAAACAUUUGCGUGUUCUCUUAGAAUGUAGCUUUUUUAUUGCUGAAUCGGUUAUUAGAGGAAUUUCUUGUGUUGUACAUUGUUCAGAUGGAUGGGAUAGAACAUCGCAAACAGUUUCUUUAGCCCAAUUGUUGCUUGAUCCAUAUUAUAGAACAAUUAAAGGAUUUCAGACUUUAAUAGACAAGGAUUGGCUAGGUUUUGGUUUUAAAUUUGAUGAUCGUUGUGGACAUUUGGGAACAAUUUCUGAAGAAAAUGAAAAGGAGGUCUCCCCAAUAUUUACUCAAUUUCUUGAUUCUAUCUAUCAAUUAAUGCGACACAAACCAAUGGCUUUUGAAUUUAAUGAACGCUAUUUAAUUGAAUUAAAUGAAAAUGCUUAUUCCUGUGUUUAUGGUCAAUUUAUUGGAAAUUGUGAUAAGGAUAGAAAGGAUCUUCGAAUAACUACAAAAACCUUGUCUUUAUGGUCAUUUAUGGAUAGCAGAAAGGAUGAUUAUACAAAUCCAUUUUAUAAUCCAGCAGCAGAUUUGUGUUUACACGAGGGCAAGCUACAGCCUUCAUCCUUUGUUGUUUGGUCUAAUAUGUAUAAUCAAUUUGACAUUUCUCUUCACCCAAAAGAAUAUUUUCCUGAUUUGGCAAAUGAAGUAAAACAACAUCGAUCUUUAUUGAAUGAAUUAAAUGAAAUAAAGGAAUUAAAUAUUUCUGCUUCUAAUUAUACUCCAAUAUGGCAAUCACAAUUGGGUGUAGAUGAUUGUUCUAAUCUCAAUUGUGGUAAAGAAUUUAUUUCAAGACUUGAACGGCGUUUACAUUGCUAUUUUUGUGGAAAAAUAUUUUGUAAAAAAUGUUGUAAUAAAAUAGGUGAAAAUGAAAGUAGUAAAGAAUCGACAAAUUCUCCUUUAAUAAUGUUUGCUUGUAAUGAAUGUAAAUUAAAAUAUUAA